AUGCGCGCCGUCCUCCUCACCCUCUUUGCCGUCGGCGUCCUCGCCCAGAGCUCCGACCUGUCCGCUUCGUCCGCCCCCGCCUCGGGAUCCUCCUCGGAAUCCUCCAAGUCCAAGGAAACCCAUUCAUCGACACACAAGUCGAGCACCAAGACGGAGACCCACUCGGCCUCGGCCUCGGCCUCGGCCUCAGGCUCAGCCGAGCCCGCCGCAACGUCCAUCGUGGCCCCCGUCGCUUCGGCAGACACCGCUGGUGCGAGCGAUGUCAUGGCUAGCGGUACUGGUACUGACACUGGCACUGCCGCUGGUGGUAGUGCUGUGGCGUCUGCCAGCGCCACGCCUCAUUCGGGCGCCGGGGUCGUUGGCAUCAACGCCGCUCUGGCAGUCGCUGGCCUCGGCAUCGCCGCGCUCGUAUAA